ACGCAUGUAAUAUCACCAAUAUACAAUUAUAAAGCUUGCAAAUAAAAAUUGCGGGCGCAAUAUUUGCCUGUUUUCCCUCUUACGUUUGGCCCGAAGAAGCCAUGAAUUUUGAAUUUGAGAGGGAGAUUGGAUUCAUAAACAGCCAGCCUUCGCUUGCAGAGUGCCUGACGUCCUUUCCCGCUGUCCUGGAGACAUUUCAAACUUCAUCAAUCAAGGACUCGACAUUAAUUCCUCCUCCUUUUGAGCAAACCAUCCCCAGCCUGAAUCCUUGCUCUAGCAGCCAGCCGAGACCAAGAAGCCAAAAACGAGCUCCAAAUGGCCUGCACCAACAACCCCCAGCUCCUUCAACCCCAGUGGCAACAGAGUUUCCCUGGAUGAAAGAAAAGAAAUCGUCUAAGAAAAACAGCCAGACAUCUUCGUCUUCCUCUCCAUCCCCAUCCUCUUCAUCGGUUUCUGGGUCCGGAGUUGACUCUCCGGCAGAAUCGCACGUACUACAGGACCCUAGCAGCGGCUCUAGGCGGCUAAGGACUGCGUACACCAACACCCAGCUCCUUGAACUGGAGAAAGAAUUCCACUUCAACAAAUACCUCUGCCGACCACGCAGAGUGGAAAUUGCAGCCUUACUGGACCUUACAGAAAGGCAAGUAAAAGUGUGGUUUCAAAACAGGCGAAUGAAACACAAGAGACAAACAACACCACACAAGGAUAACCAGGAUGGUGACCUCAGUCGCCCAGUUCUGGAGGACGGUUACCCCACAGAAGAAGACGAGGCCACCUCCCCGUUUGGACCGAUACCCGAGAAAUCAGGGACACUUUUGCAAGGGGAGAAGCUUACUUUCCAGGACGACAGCAACUAUUCUAAGGAAUCACAAUGCCUGGAGGAGUCGCCUUUAUCUGCUCAAGAAAAUGCCAGAAGUCCCCUGUUCCAAACGCCCACUCCGGAGGCUCUCCCAACAAUGAUUCCCGGAUCCGUGACUGAUAAGGAAAAUACAUGUUUAGAAACGCAAGACGCAGCUUUACUCCCCGAUUUAAACAUUUUCCCUGGCGAUUCUUGCAUACAUGUUUCUGAAGGGGUGCCUCCUAGCCUACAAAAUACUUUUGAUAGCCCUGUGCAUUUCUCUGAGGAAGACUUUGAUUUGUUUGCAAGCACAUUUUGCACGAUAGACCUACAGCAUUUAAAUUUCCAGUAACUACAACUCAACUAUGGCCACUACAACCAGUUUCUUUCUUUGUUCUUAUAAAAAUCAAUGCCUUGAAGUUUGACUUUUAGAAUUUGCAAUAAUGCUGAAAUGCACAAUGCUUCAUAAGAGCAAAGUUCAAACA